CUCCCUUCAUUUAGAGGAGUCUGUCUCUAUUCAGCUGAAUAAACAUGUAAAACUUAAAAGGCACUUUCUUUAAUCAGCAAAACCUCAGAAUCUGCAUAUCAAAGGAAUGACCUACUGAGAUUCCUUCUCACUCUCCCAGUCGCACCCAGCAAAGUAAACUGACUGAAUUAAGAGAUAUGUAGCUGGAGCGAGGAGGGGGCGGCCAGCGCCGCGCGCCAUCUUCUUCGGAUGCCUAGCCACGCCCCUGGUCAGCGUCAAUCUCAGUAUGAGUCCACUCAGAGGCGAACCUGCCGCUCUUUGACUGGCGUGUCAAAUUAGACUACACGAGACCAGCUACCCGUCUGGCGGGAACCCGAGAGAGCAGAUUAAGCGCACGACCUCUCGGCGCAGCCGCCCGGCCGAGGUCUAGCCCGAAGGAAGAAGCGGCUGAUGGACAGCGCUACCUGCUGAGCCCGCCCUCGCCCCCGCCCCGGGCGGUGGAGAAGCCAGGCGCGCUUGGCACCAGCCAAUCCCAGCCCCCUUUGGAGACGCGCAUGAGUUCCUUUCCCAGGGCGAGGCUGAGUCGCCGAGCUUCGAGGGAGGCCGAGCGAGGUCGGGCGAGGUCCGGCGAGGCAGCCUCGAGGGGACGCAAGUGCGGCACCUUCUGCCGCUAGGUAGCCCUGGAUCCCCGGCGCCUCGCGGGCUGGGCACGGCUGCAGCGCUUUGCUUAGCAACCGGCUGAGCGAAACGGAGGGGGAAAAAAGGCAUCGCUCGGAGUUCUUGGCGCGGCGGCUCAGCGGAAAGUCUGGUGGGCUGAAUGCAUCGUUUGGGCGUCCGGGGAAGGAGGACCCGCCGCCGCCGCCGCCGCCGAACCUCCGGGCUUUAGGUCCGUCUCCUACUCCGGGCUGGCCCGUCCCCGGGAGACUAUGCGGUCUGGCAAGCCUCCGUACAUCUUCGCGGUCUUCUUGCUGAGCGGUCUCUCGGCGCUGCUGCUUCUCCUGCUUGGGCAACCUCCCCCGGUCUCAAAACAGACGCCGCCGCCUCGACUACCCGGGCUUCCACGGCUCCGGGAGAGCGAUUUCCUCCGCCGUGCGUGUGGGGCUCUGGCCCAGGGGCGGAAAUCCUUCGUGUGGGGAAAUCAUCUCCGGACGUCCUUCGACAGAGCCGCCUCCUGCGAAGAUUACGUGACGGGGAGCCACUAUGUGACGAGACCCGUCUCUGCCGAAGAGGCGGCUUUUCCCUUGGCCUACAUCUUCACCCUCCACAAAGAGCUGGCGACCUUCGAGCGGCUCUUCAGGGCGAUUUACGCCCCCCACAAUGUUUACUGCAUCCACGUGGAUGAGAAAGCGCCCACCAGGUACAAGCAAGAUGUGGAGAAAGUGUUGGAAUGCUUCCCCAAUGCCUUCCUGGUCUCCAAAGCCGAGCCGGUGGUCUAUGCCGGCAUCUCCAGGCUUCAGGCUGAUGUGAACUGCAUGAAGGACCUGCUGCGAUCCACCACCCGGUGGAAGUACGUCCUCAACAUGUGUGGGCAAGAUUUCCCGCUGAAAACGAACAAGGAAAUUGUCCAGCACCUGAAAAAGUUUAAAGGGAAGAACAUCACCCCUGGCGUCCUCCCCCCACCUUCAAUAACUUUAAGGACCAAGUUUGUUUACAAGGAAAACAUAGGCAAGCAAGCUUCCUACAUGAGAAGGACUGCGAUCCUAAAAUCGCCACCUCCCCACAACCUCACUAUCUAUUUUGGGUCUGCCUAUAUUGCUCUCACUAGGCCUUUUGUGGAGUUCCUUUUCAAUGACUCCAGGGCCAUUGAUUUGCUGAAAUGGUCCAGAGACACUUACAGUCCCGAUGAACACUUUUGGGUAACACUCAAUCGGAUUCCAGGUGUCCCUGGUGCCAUGCCAAAUGCAACAUGGGAAGGUAACUUGAGAGCUGUGAAAUGGAGUGAUGCAGAAAAGAAUCAUGGAGGAUGCCAUGGACAUUAUGUCAGAAGCAUAUGUAUCUAUGGAACUGGUGACUUGCCAUGGCUGCUGAAAUCCAAAAACCUAUUUGCUAACAAAUUUGAACUCAAAACAUAUCCACCUACUGUAGAAUGCCUGGAAUUGAAACUUCGGGAAAGAGCACUGAAUGAGAGCGAAAUACCAGUUGAACCAAGCUGGUACUUUUAAUUUAAAAAAAUAAACACUUAUUGGGGAAGAAGGAUAAUAAUAAAAACUGCUCCUUUUAGAACAACUGUUUUUGCCUUGACAUGAGGUUUUUUUUUGGGGGGGGAUGUUCAAUAUGGAUCAUCUUUUUUUAAUACGUGAAAAAUCUUUGCAUUUUAACUGACUUAAGGAUUCUGCACCAUCUCUGUAUUUCAUUGAAUUUUAUUCCAAUUUUUAAAAAGGUGGUCCUCAUUUCGGAACAGAAUUCUCCUUUUCUUCCAAUUGCAUAGAUUACUGUUCGCUAACACCCUCAGGAAAUUAAAAAAAAUUCUGAAUAAUUAGGCUAAUUAGUUAGUUAUCUUACUAAUUGAUGGUCCAAAUGGAAGGAUUGAGACUUUAAUCACUGAAGAUUCAGAGAUGGAUCUUCUAGCUCAGCUUGCUAUUUGCACAACCUGAGUUUGCUUCUACCUGUACUCUACUAUUACUACUUGUUUCUGAAUAGGUCAAAGACUCUUACAUUAUCUGCUAAAUUUGGAGAAAUGGCCUUCUGUACUGUACUACUGAAGACUUAUCCUCUUUAACAACAGCAAAGCAGCCAAUGAACCAAGAUAGGACAGACGAUCUGAAAGACAGACCAAGAAUGUACUGUAUAUGAAAGAGAAAAAUAUUCAUUGGAAAAAUACAUUAAUAUUAGAUCAAUAGUAUGUUUCCACUUUUAUCAAGUUUUGUUUGGCCACUUAAUGAGCCCAGAAAUGAUGUAAAGAAGAGCUUCUAGAUAUACAGAAAUAAUUUUAGAUGGACCAACAUUUUUUGAUUUAGGAGGCUAUCACUAUCUUCAAAGCAGAAGUGCCAUCAUUAUCUUUUAUACUAUCUGCUAAUCUGAAAGUCAUUUUCAUUAUUCUUUAGGUAACAUUUCUUCACACAGUUUUAAUUUCCAUCCCAUCUACUAUGGAAAAAGUAAAGAAAUAAAUAGCAAUGUAUGCUAAACGUUUUAGAGUGAAAAAAGAAAAAAAACACUCAAAAAUCAACACAGGAAAAAAAAUCUUUGUAUUUUAGGCUGAAUGUUGCAAUUCUAUCAUGAAAUAAUAUAAAAGAUAUUUAUGGCAAUCAGUAUACUAAUAAAAUACCUAUCUUGGCAGAAGUCCUUUAACCAUUAUAUAAUUUCAUUGUCACUAUUUCUAUUAAAAAUAUUUCCUGUGUUGUCCCCAUUAUUCUUUCUUAGUUAUUUUACUUUUAAGUGAAAUGGAAUUAUUUGUUCCCAUAAAGUCAUGGAUUUGCCAAAAUUCACUGAUUGAAGAUUAUUGACUGUGAUUCUUUUUUUUUUAAAUAACACUCAGUUGGUUAAAUUAAUAAAAUAGUAUUUAUCAAA